AGGAAAACUAUUCUGAUCCAAAAAUGACAAGAAGAAAUCAGAGUCAUUAAAUGCAUGUGUGUAUGUAGCAUUAUUUGUGUUGUCAUAUUGGGUUCAUCACAUAUAUUAUCAUGGCCUUCGGGAGGUGCUUUCCCUUUGUUGCACCUUCUAUUGGAAUUUUCGUUUUAGUUAUUGUAUCUUCUCUAGCAGAGAAAGCCCCAUACAACUCCUUUGCAAAAGAUGCCACAUCAGCAUCUACGUCAGCAGGACAUUACGACUACAUAGUCAUUGGAGGCGGAACUGCUGGAUGUGCGCUGGCGGCGACGCUAUCCGCCUCCGCAAAGGUGCCCCUCCUAGAGAGAGGCGGCAUGCCGUACGGCAACCCAAACAUAACACACCAAAGCGGUUUGGUGUCCAGGUUUUAUGACACGUCAUCGCCUGACUCAGCAGCACAGUUGUUUUUGUCCAAGGAUGGCGUGUGGCUAAGCCGGGCCCGCGUUCUCGGCGGCGGAUCCGCCAUCAACUUGGGGUUCUACUCGAGGGCAAGCGGCGGGGAGGUGGUUGAGGCGGGGUGGGACCCUCAUCUAGUCAACCAGUCGUAUAUGUGGGUGGAGAGGAAGUUGACUUUUCGGCCGAAAACUUUGUUGCAGUGGCAGGCGGCGGUGAAGGAUGGGUUGGUGGAGGCCGGGGUGGUGCCGUACAACGGAGGAACUUAUGAGCACUUGGUGGGGACCAAAAUAGGGAAUUCCAUAUUUGAUGAGAAUGGAUAUAGACACAGUGCUGCGGAUUUGUUAGAGUAUGCCGAUGACACUAAGAUCACUCUCUAUUACCAUGCUCUGGUUCACAAAAUCCUGUUCAAAACCCCUUCACUAGAGAGGAAACCCAGAGCCUAUGGGGUUUUUUUCAAAGACUCAAAAGGGAAUGGUCACACAGCGUUCUUGAAUGGAGGGCCCGACAAUGAGAUCAUUCUCUCCGCCGGUGUGUUUGGAAGCCCGCAACUACUGAUGCUAAGUGGUGUAGGGCCGUCAGAUCAUCUCAAAGCCCAUGGAAAUUACAUUGAAACAGUUAGUGGAUUGUCUUUGGUCCCCGAAGCCAUCAAAGUCCUCAUGCAAGCUGGCGUCAACAUGUCUUUUCCAGAUAUGAAGACGCAGGGUGGGUUUUUAUUUUCAAAAGUGAACAAAACUUUCUCCCAAGGUCAUAUGGAGCUUAGAAACAAGGAUCCAAAUGAGAACCCAAUGGUCACCUUUAACUACUUUCAAGACUCGAGGGACCUCAAGACGUGCGUACGCGGCAUGGAAGUCAUUAGAAAAGUCUUCGAGUCAGAGUCUUUUUCUUCUUUGCGAAAUCCAUCAACUACAUUUGAAUCUCUCUUGGACUUGGUGUCAGCAAUUCCCAUUAACGAGAGGCCAAAACACCGCCUCAAGACGGCGUCAUUGGAGCAGUUUUGCAUGGACAAUGUGAUUACUCUAUUGCUUUUUCACGGUGGGUGUCGAGUGGAUAGCGUAGUCGAUCAUGAUUAUAAAGUGAUCGGCAUUGAUGCUUUGCGAGUAAUUGACGGUUCCACAUUUUCUAGCUCCCCAGGAACUAAUCUUCAAGCAACUGUCAUGAUGUUGGGAAGACGCUUCAAUCUCGAAGGUUUCAUCACCGGUGAGAAAACUUCUGCCGGAAAAGAUGAUGUUGAAUGGCUUCAACUCGACGCUCUCAUUCAAGGAUGGAUUCUUUCAACCGUCAACGAUGAGGUUUCUGAUCUCAUCAUCUCUUCCACUACAUCCGCGGCAGAUUUAUGGAAAGCCAUACAUAACUUGUUUCAUGACAACAAGGCAGCCAGAGCAAUGCAAUUGGAGCACCAAUUCUACAAUACUAUCAAAGGCACGUCCACCAUUCAAACUUACUGUCAAACUCUUCAGAAUAUCGCGGAUUGGUUAGAUGAUGUGGACGCCCCGCUGUGGUUUCCCUUCUUUGCCCCUUCUCUUGGAAUUUUGCUUUUAAUUAUUGUAUCCUCUCUUGCAGAGAAAGCUCCAUACAACUCUUUUGCCAAAGAUGCAACAUUAGCAUCUGCGUCCGCGGGGCACUACGACUACAUAGUCAUCGGAGGCGGAACCGCCGGAUGUGCACUGGCGGCGACGCUAUCAGGCUCCGCAAAAGUACUCCUCCUUGAGAGGGGCGGCAUGCCAUACGACAACCCAAGUGUAACACGCCAAAGCGAUUUCUUGAACAUAUUUUUCGACACAUCACCCGGCUCAGCCGCACAACCAUUUGUAUCAACGGAUGGCGUGCGUUUGACCCGGGCCCGCAUUUUGGGUGGCGGCUCCGCCAUCAAUGUUGGGUUUUACUCAAGGGCAAGCAAGGAGGAGGUUUCCGACGAAGGGUGGGACCCGCAUCUGGUGAACCAAUCGUAUGCGUGGGUGGAGAGGAAGGUGACGUUCCGACCUAAAAGGCUGUUGCGGUGGCAGACAGCCGUGAGGGAUGGGUUACACAUUGCUGCAGAUUUGUUAGAGUAUGCCGACGACUCUAAGAUCACUCUCUAUUUCCAAGCCGUGGUCCACCAAAUCUUGUUUAAGAGGCCUUCAUCAGGGGGAAACCCCACAGCCUAUGGAAUUUUCUUCAAAGACUUGAAAGGAAAUGGUCACAUGGUGUUCUUGAAUGAAGGGCCCAAUAAUGAGAUUAUUCUCUCGGCUGGUGCAAUUGGAAGCCCACAACUAUUGAUGCUGAGUGGUAUUGGGCCAUUCGACCAUCUCAAAGCCCACGGAAUAGAUGUAAUACUUGACCAGCAAAUGGUUGGGCAGGGCAUGGCCGACAACCCGUUGAAUGGAAUCAUAAUUCCAUCCAUUCGCCCGACCGAGACCUCGUUUAGUGACGUGGUGGGCAUAACUCGUUCAGGAAAUUACAUUGAAACGCUAAGUGGAUUGCCUAUGGUCCCCAAAGCCAUAGAAAUCCUCAGACAAGCUGGUUUUGAGGACAUGUCGUUUCCAGACAUGAAGCUACAAGGUGGAAUUAUGUCGGAAAAAGUGAAUAAAAUUUUCUCUCAAGGGCACAUGGAGCUUAAGAAUAGGGAUCCCAAUGACAAUCCAAUGGUCACCUUUAACUACUUUCAAGACUCGAGGGACCUUCAGACUUGCGUGAGAGGCAUGGAAGUCAUUAAAAAAGUCUUCGAGUCGGAGUCCUUUGCUUCGUUGCGAAACCCCUCGACCUCGUUUGAAUCUCUCUUGGACUUGAUGUCUGCCAUUCCCUUUAACAUGAGGCAGAAAAACCGCCUCAAGUAUUGUGCUUCAUUGGAGGAUUUUUGUGUGGACAAUGUGCUUACCAUGUGGCAUUUCCAUGGCGGAUGUCGGGUCGAUAGUGUAGUGGAUCGUGAUUAUAAGGUGAUCGGCGUUGAUGCUUUGCGGGUUGACGGUUCCAUGUUUUCUAGCUCCCCAGGAACUAAUCCUCAGGCAACCGUCAUGAUGUUUGGAAGGUAAUCUUUUAAACAAUCAACUCAAUCAUCAACUGAAGUUUUUAGUUUUAGAUCCAUGAAAUGUUUUAAAACUACUCUAACACGCCUUCUUACGUGCUAGUAGUAUUUUU